GCGGCGCCCCGUCCUGCACAACGCCCCAGACUUUGAUUACAGGAAGACCACAUCGGCCCCCUCAGCAUUGGCGGCCCCAAUCAGGUUCCAGCAGCCCUAAUCGCAGGAGCAACUCACUCACCCUUCCCUGGACCUGAGGCGUCCUUGCCACUCCUGUCAGAUUUCGAGAGCCGCUCCUCGUGACCCAGGUGUCCUCGAAGAGCAGCAAUCAUGAAGUUGUCUCACGUGCACGGCUACUUUAUCCUCGUGUUGCAGGCGAUCUUCUUCGUACUCUUCUGCGUCUUCGUCAGAUACCACCCUGAUGCCAACGCUCGCUUCCACCCACUCUUCAACGAGACCCACUUUGAGGAGAAGUUGGAUAAGGUUAAGAGCGACGAUCCUUGGGGACACAGCAAAAUGUAUCCAAUGUUCCAAGAUGUGCACGUCAUGAUCUUCAUCGGUUUCGGCUUCCUCAUGAUGUUCUUGAAGCGGUACGGCCUCAGUUCAGUGGGGAUCAACUUCCUAAUAGCAGCCUUGUGUCUCCAGUGGGCCAUCCUCGUCAACGGCUUCUUCCAUCUCAAAGAAGGAGUCAUUCUGGUGAACCUAACUGCCCUGUUGGGAGCUGAUUUCACCGCGGCGGCUGUCCUUAUUAGUUUUGGUGUCCUGCUCGGGAAAACCACCCCGACUCAGCUCAUCAUUCUUGCCCUCAUCGAAGUCCCUGUUUUUGCCAUCAACGAAGUGAUUGGCAGACAGUACUUCGGGGCUGUUGACAUUGGUGAUUCGAUGUUCGUGCACGUUUUCGGGGCUUACUUCGGGUUGGCUGCCAGUCUGAUACUCUACCGCCGCGACGCCUCUACCGAGAAGGAAGGCUCCAGCUACCAGAGCGACAUGUUUGCCAUGAUAGGCACCGUAUUUCUGUGGUUGUACUGGCCUUCCUUCAACGCUGGCACUGCUCCGGGAGACGACCAGCACCGGGGUAUCAUCAACACUUACAUCUCCCUCAUCUCCUGCUGCGUCACCACCUACGCCCUCUCCUCUCUGCUUGACAAACAUAAGAAGUUUGACAUGGUCCACGUCCAGAACAGCACCCUGGCAGGCGGCGUGGCGGUCGGGACAGCAGCUGACUUGAUGAUCCAUCCUUGGGGCGCCGCUCUCCUCGGAAUUCUCGCCGCCGUGAUCUCCGUCUGCGGUUACGUCUACAUCACUCCACUGUUAGCGUCACGGCUGCGCAUCCACGAUACUUGCGGUGUGCACAACCUACACGGCCUGCCUGGCAUUCUAGCGGCCAUUGCUGGGGCUGUCGCUGCCGCCCUCGCCUCUGAAGCUACGUACGGCAUCAGCCUGUACGAGAUCUUCCCGGCACGUGUUCCUGUGGAGGGUUCCCCGGAGCUGGCGCGGCUGCAGCAGAAAAUGCCGGACCUGGAGGGCGGUUCCGGGUUGUCAGGGAGCAGCCAGGCACUCUUUCAGUUGCUCACUCUUGUCGUCACGCUGGUCAUUUCCAUCGCUGGCGGCAUCGUGACAGGUUGCAUUCUGCGCCUCAGCCCUCUCUCGGUGCUCAAGACGGAGGAACUGUACGAGGAUGAGAAGUGGUGGGUCAUGGAGGCUGAGGAUGACGAGGGGCACAAGGGUAGCGUCACUAUCCCCAUGGCGGACAACGGGGCACGAUAGACAGUCACGCAAGCCCCCAGGAGAGCCAAGCAAGCAGACCAUUGAAGUGACGAAGAGGAUGGUCGUUCGCAGAUUGCCAGAUACGCACAUACAUAUACCGAUACUAUUUCACAUGUAUACAUACGCCAAAAGACAAUAUGCUAUUUUACAUGUACACAUAUGUCACAAAGCAAGUACACAGCUAGAAGUACGUACUAUAUACAUACAUAAAAUCUCUCUCUCUCUCUCUCUCUCUCUCUCUCUCUCUCUCUCUCUCUCUCUCUCUCUCUCUCUCUCU